UGAGAGGAAAAUGGCCGAGCUACAAUUCGAAGCUCCUUUGGCCAGCUUUGAAACAGAAGAAUGGAACGAUUUUAACGAUUUUCAAACAGCCAUGAAUGCCGAAAGUAAGAAAAAUGAAAAAAGUGUUGAUGAAACAAAUGACAAAACAGAUCCGGCGUCGGAUAACUUUGGAGUAGGAGAAACAUUCUCGGGCUCGUUGCAGGAUCUUGUCAAGUCUUUGGAUGAAAAAAUAACCAACUGUUUUUGUAAUUAUGAUACUAACGUGGAGAAAAUUGCACCAGUUCAGAUGAGAACUAAAGAUGAUCUUACAACCGAUUGUCCGACCUGGUGGACUAUAACUGGACAGUUUGGUAACAUCCUUCCUAUAGACUGGUCACAAUCUUAUGCAAGAAAAUUACAAGAAAAAGCACUGAAUCUUGGAGAGAGAAAGACACCAGAACCAGUAAAUCUUGACCUCUCAGACGAUGAGGAGUUAGCUACUGCGAUGGACUAUCACUCAAUGAUCAUCAGUAGUCAUCACCAUAAUGAUGAGGAUCAUGUGGUCACGGCAGAUGAGGUCAUUAGUGAGUUGGAGAUCAUGAUGGAGGACAGUGGUACCGACCGCAGUGAAUCAGAAGUAGAAUUUCCAGAAAUGCCAACUUCUCCAUACACAAAAUUAAAGGAGACUUUAUCUCAACUACCAAAGUAUUCAGUAGAAGAACUAAAAGGAAUGUCAAACACAGCCAUUAAUGAAUUACUUAGUGACUACGAACUCACAAUAAAAGAAUUAUCGGAAACCCUUGUCCAAGAAUUGGCAUUACGCGAUGAGUUGGAGUACGACAAAGAGCUCAAGAACCAGUUCAUUUCACUACUGCUGAAUAUACAGAAAAAGCGUCGAGAAGCAAAAGUUGACAAAAAACGUCGAAAAAGUAAAACUCUUUCUCCAAACAAUAACCAAGUAGCUGUAAGUGGCAACAACAAUAACAGUCCUACUGCAGAAUCUGGACCAAGUGUGUUUCUUAGUACAGUGAUACCCUACCAUCCACAACAGGGUGUAGCUAAUUCAGAACAGCUCCAAAUAUACAUCAAGAUUUUAAGAGCUAUUAAUGAAGACAGUCCAACUGUACCCAGCUUGCUUACAGACUACAUCCUUAAAGUAUUAUGCCCUACAUAGGAACAGUAUGCCAAAGGGGACCAUUCAUCCAAACAAAGUGCAAUAUAGAUAGCUGUAGAGAUUCACCAUGUUACCAUGGUUAUGUGUUAGACUUUUGAAAAUUUUGUGUGAGCUUCAUUAUGUUUUUACUGUUUAAAUGUAUUUUGAGGGCUAGGUGUGAGAAAUGAUUGUUUCUCUGUUAUUAUAUAGGAGAUGCAUAAAUUUAACAUUUAAGCCCUCAAAAUCAUCUUUUUUGCCUCUUCCAAAGAUUAUUAUUCCACAUUUUGGUAGUUUUAACCAAUUUUAGAAGACUUUUUAUAAGAAAAAUAUAAAGAUAGGUUGUUGAUUUCUUUUUCACAAAUUUUCAUCUGGAUUUAUUUGAUCUGACUUUUAAUCUUUUGCUUCUGAUCAUAACAGCACAUAAGUAUCACUGAACAUAUUUUUAUGUGGUAUUUGAGUGCUGUGCAAAAAUGUAUAAUGCAUGGGGGUUUUAACAGAAAAAUCCAUCUUACUAAAUUCUGUAUAGCAGAAAUGAGUUAUACAAUGAACCAAAAAUGAAAUAAGAAAUGCAUAAUUGAAUGUGUAGAAAAGCUUGUAAAUAAUAUUUUGCACCUCAUUCAGAAAUAACAGGCUCUGAUCAGGAUUAUUUACUUUCAUGGAAAAACUGUAGUCAUGAUUUUCUAUACAGUAGUAUGUAUAGAAUUGAAUCUUUGAAAUAAAAGGGAUUCACAUUAUCUAUCUGUAGCCAAUUUGAAAUUCUGAAUACCCAUAAACAUAUGUGCUGUCUCCAUUAAUUACUGGUAAUAUAAUGAUAUUAAUAUUUAGGCGUGUUUCUUUUACCUCCGGUAAUCAAAAAAUCAAAUUAAAUUCUAUCACUGACUUAUGGCAGUAAUAACAGCAGAGGCAGCCCAAAUCUCAGUUUUAACACUUUUCUGAGAUUUUACAAAAUAGAUUGAGAGUUUUAAAUCCAUCUCUGUUUAGGGUCUUUUCGAAACAUUUCUGUAUAUGAAAGGGAGAUAAGUAUUGUGUUACAUUAUGCUUGAUUACCUCAUUGUUGAAUUAUUUUAACCUGCCUUUUGCUUCAACAGCAAUUUUUUUUAUCGUUGGGGUAGAGAAUAGUUUGCUAUUGUUUAUAUUGAAGUAUAUUGUGUCAAAUUCCUUUUUCAUUUUUGAGUGGAAUUUUCACUGUACAUUAUCCAUUAUAAUCUACAUUAUGGAAAUAAUUUUUUAUAGGGUGAUAAUUCAAAGUGUUAAUGACACGAAAUAUUUUCAGUAAGAUGGUGUCUUAUGAGGGCAUUCUUUGAUACUUUAUUCUGUAUUUUCCUCAAAUGUUACAUUAUAUAAAUUUGUGUUAUGGCGAGUAGAAUGCUUUGUAAAUACAUGUACUGUGAAAGGUGGAUGCAGCAUAAGAGUUGGGGCCUCAGUCAGUGGUUAAGGUCACUGACUUUAAAUCAAUUGCCCUCACUUCUGUGGGUUCGAAACCUUAUUUGGGGUUUAGAAUUUUUCACUUCCAGCUGGCUUAUGGAAGGUUAGUGGUUUUACCCAGGUGCCAGCUCAUGCCUGAAUUAAUGUACAUAGGGACACCAGGGGUCUUCUUCCACCAUAAAAAGCUCAAAAGUUGCCAUGUGACCUAUGAUCAUGUCCGUGCGAUACUAAACUGAACAAAAAAAAGAGUUAUGGCUGCUUUCUAUGUUAUUUAUAGCAUUGUAAAGAGAGGCACACAAUGUUUUUAGUAUCACCAUUGUACAAAGAAAAAACAAUAGCUACAUAAGUGAAACGAUCAUUAUUGUGUAAACAUACAUUAGCAACAUACAUUAACUGUCAUACUGUGUAUAUGAAACAUAGCAACAAAAUGUAAGCAGUUACUGCUACAUAAACCCAAGAGCAACAUAAUGUAAAACAGUAGCAGUUGUGUAAACAUAAAAAAAUGCAUACAGUCACUGCUGCAUGAACAACUGCAACCUAUGUAAAACAAGUCAAAAGCUGUGUAAACAUACAAAAGUAACAUAAGUAAACAGUCACUGCUGUGGAAAUGAUUGGGUGCAACAAAAUGUAAAUUAUCACUGCUGUGUAAACAGCAGUAGCAUAUGUAGAUAUUUUAGCUGUAUGAAAAACAGCAACUUAAAUGUGUAGGCACUGCUGUGUAAACAGACAAGAUCAACAUAAGCAGUCACUUCUGCACUGAUAAUGCAUAUUACAUUAUUAAACAUUCAUUGACAUACAUGUAAACAAGAUAAGCACUGUUGUUCAGUAUGUGUGAAUCAACAAGAUACUUAAAAUGAUCACUAGGUGUUGAGUUGUCCUACCUACAUGAUAGCUGUUAAGACAUUACAACAUAUAAAACAGUCCCUCUCAUUGAGUGUAUGUAUUAUAGAAUGCUUUAGUAAUUUAGCAUAUGUGUACAUAGACAUUGAACAUUUGUGUAUAUAGUAUUCCUGUUCAUUUAAAUAUUGUGCAAUGCAACAAUCUCCUGGAUUGUGAAGUUUUCAUAUGUUAACUAUAAUUGUUGUAACUAUUUAAUGAUAGCUGAAUUUUACAUGUUGUUACAUUUGAAGGUAGUGGACCCAUUAUGACAGUCGGCAAAUUGUGUAUUCUUGCCUACCUAGCGGGUAAAGUAUACAUUUUUCCGAGCACGCGCCGGGGAUAGAUAUUCCUGUCUUUCCCUAGGGAAAAACCUUGUCUAAAAUAGCGUGCACUAAGGUAAUGUCACAUAGUACUGGCACUGUUGUGACGUCAUAAACUUUAUAAAUAAUGUCAGGAAAUACCCAAAUCUAUUUGUCUCCACGAUCUAUUUUAAACGUGAUAGGCAAGAAAAAUGAUCUGAAAUGUCUGCCUGUGUAAGACAGCUGUUUUCCCAACCCUCGGGACAGCAUGGAUAAAAAACCUUGCUAACGCUCGGUUUUCCAUUCCACACUGUCCCUCGGGUAGGGAAAACCCCAUCUUACACAGGCAGGCAUGUAAGAUCCUUAUAUUCUCGGUAUGUGAUUUUGACAUUCUGCAGCUUUUAUAGCAAGCUGUGUGUGCAUUGAGCUACAUUUAUGAACGAAGAAAGCCGAAUUGAUUAACUUGAAUGUCUCCUGGAAAUUGCCAAGUGUCCGUAUGGGUGCACCGUCUUAAAGCUUCUCAUUCACAGAUGGCAGUCAAUCUUACAUGUACAUUACCCUCAUAUAUUCACUUUUUACAUUAAAAUGGUAUCUUACUUUGAGAGACAAGUAAGUCUAGUAGUUAUUAUAUACAUGUAAAUACCCCCUUGCAGAAUAUAUUCAAAAGCUUUAAUUGUAGCCCAUUGGAACUGUUCUUAGAUGAAUAUAAACCUUACUGAGAAUUUUUUUUAGAUAGAUUGAUAGUUUGAUUAGGGAAAGGAAAAUAUGCACAGCAUUUUACAACCUGUUGAUAUAAUCAAGUAUGGCACAAAGACAUCCGUGGUAUAAAUUGAUAUCAUCACAUAAGAACAGAAUUGUGACAUAAGGGGUCCAAUCUUAAUUGUUAUUGACCUGCCUGCUUAGCUCAGUAGGUAGAACGUUGGUCUAUGGAUCGUGGGGUUGCGAGUUCGAUCCUCGGGCGGGGCAUAUGUUCUCCGUGACUAUUUGAUAAACGACAUUGUGUCUGAAAUCAUUAGUCCUCCAUGUGGGGAAGUUGGCAGUUACUUGCGGAGAACAGGUUUGUACUGGUACAGAAUCCAGGAACACUGGUUAGGUUAACUGCCCGCCGUUAUAUGACUGAAAUACUGUUGAAAAAUGGCGUUAAGCCCAAUCAAACAAACAAACUUAAUUGUUAUUGUAAAAUUAAUGCAAAAGUAUACAAACCAUGAUCCUAUUUUAUUAUUUAAAACCAAUUUAAACCAAUUUCAGUGUUGUUAAAAUUCCAUGGAAACAACUUUUCUUAAAAAUAUUGUAGAUUUAAUUUUUUACUGGGAAUCUGUGAAUGGGUCGCUUUGAUUAGCCUUUUCAGCAAGUUGUGAUGAAAGUUUUAUGAUAUUGUGAUCUGUAUAAUGUUAAAAGGUUACUGCAAAACUGCUGUACGUAUUAUACAGACUAACCUGUGUUUCACAACGCCUCUGUUAAACAAAUAAGGACAGAUAUUGUCUUUCCAGUUAUGUCAAAUUCUAAGUGAAUUAACCUCUGCAGAGCAACAACUUCUGUACAACAAACAAAUUUAAGUGUUCUCAUUGAUGUUUGUUCUAGAGAAGUCGUUGAAUUAAAAAAAGAAAAAAGACAAUUGCAGAAGUUUUGCUUUAACUUAACAUUGCUGCUUACAUAAUUUGUUCUUGUUUUAUAUACAUGAUGAGGUUUUUGUUACAGAUUAGUAAUACAUAUAGCUUUUGUUUUUAGAGUAAAUGCUUUAUUUCACUUUCAGGGUAAGCUAAAUUUGUCAGACUUACCAUGUAGUUUGGUACGUGGACAAUUAAUAAUAGACCUUGGACUAGCAAAAAGAAAAGAAAAAAGAGAACAGGUUAAGUUGAAAAAAUACCACCACAUAGCACCCAAAAUGUACAAAAAGUGGAAAGAUACGAGAUACAAAGUCUUUUUAGUGAUGAGACCAUAAUCUUUAGACAUUGAUGUUAGUAAAUAUGGAUGUUUAAGGUGACAUGUAUUUAUAUGGAGUGAAAGCAUUGAUGUACAUUUCAGUUGAAUACAAAAAGUGGUCUGGCCAUUAAUUUAUUUCCUUGUGUUGCAAAUGAAAAUUUUAGCAGACAAAAAAUUACAUAUUGAUAUUCAGUGCUUCUCGAAUCCAGAUUUCCCUGACCUGAUUUUACAACUAUAACACUAUUUUAAGACCACCUGGGCAUUGAUCAAAUAUAACCAGUCAGAUGCCAGUGUUUUCAGAUUGGUUAGAAAACCCCAAACCCUUAAGUUGAGAUUUUCCUCAAGCUGAAUUGUAAGCUAGUAUUUUCAUAACCUUCGCAAUUAAAGUUAACAUUUAGCAUGCUGGAAGUUUGAGUGGAGAAUAAUGUCAAAACUAGAGAGUAUUUAUGUUAGUUAGCCUAGUUCUCUUCAUCGGCAUGGCAUUAUGUUGUUACAGGGUAGUACAAUUUUAUCCAUAGAUCUGUUGUUUUUUUUUCAUAUUUGCAGAAAUACUACGUAUGUUAAGAUUGACCAAGUACAUGUGAACCAAUAAAAAACAGUUUAUGCCAAAAUGCAAAAGUAAGAAUGGCCUAAUCCCACACUAAAAAAUAUAUAUGUUCUGUUUAGUGAUCUACACUAUUUUUUCUGUGGUAAGAGAGAACAUGUCUAAUAGUUAAAAACUAAGAAAAUGUCUGAUUUUUGUGUAGGUGAACUUUAGUUUCUAAUGAUAUUGUACCUUACACUGCUCCCUUAUUGAACUCACCAAAGUUUAUUGACAGUAUGAUAUACUUUUUAUUUGAGUUUCAGGGUUAAUUGAUAUUGGAUUUCAUUGUCUGUUAGAGACUAAUGCUUGAAAUGAGGAUUUUAGAAAAGAGCUACCCUUAAGUACUGUGUGUGUUUGGCAUAGAUACUGACCACCUUUUAGGGAUAAGCCUUUUUACAAGAGGUAUUGAACGGACAAAAAAUGAAGCACUGUUGUAACAUGUGUCAUCAUAUUAUAAAAGGAUAUCGUACAAGACAAUAUUUAAUUGAAAUAAAACAAUGCUGACAGUUUGUUCAUGAAGCAAAGGUUUUCUUAAGGUUUUUAUGACUAAGUUUCAUGUCAAAAUUCAAAUGAAAAUACCUCAUGUAAAAGAAUGGAAAUUUUCAGUAAAGUGUUGCUGAUGGUCCUAUUUGACACAAUGAUUCACAUGUGUACAAUUGUAUACUGUAAAUGUGUACUAUAUACAAAAUUAUGUAUGUUAUUUGAAAUAGAGUACCAUGAAAAGCAUUAACUCGUUUAUAUAUGCUGAUUUCGUGAAACAAGUUUAGCGUAUUGAAGAUAACUUGGUAUUGUGACAUGUAUAUAGAGAGAGACAGAAGAUGCAGUUACUAAACAGAAGUUUGACUCGUGUUUCAGAAGUUGUUUUAUUGUAACUUUACCUAUUAUUCAUGUGCCAAUUUUUAGCUCACCUGAGCACAAAAUGCUCAGUGAGAUUGUGAUCACGAUGUGUCCGUCAUCCAUGCAUGCAUCUGUUCGUCAAGUUGUCCGUCAUCAACAAUUGUGUUUAAAUGUCAUCUCCAAAACCACUGAAUGGAUUUUGAUGAAACUUGGCCUAGGUGUUUCUUGGGUCGUCCUCUACCAAAGUUGUUCAAACGGUUCUACUUGGUUGCACAUAGGGGCCGCCAGAGCUAAAAAUAGAAAAAUCUUCAAACAACAUCUCCUAAACCAAUGGUCUUAUUUUCACACAAAUGGUUCUUCUGUUAACCGCUACCAAGAUUGUCCAAAUUAUACAGAUUGGUCACUUUCCCCUAUAUGUAUAUAGUGGAAACUUUAAAAAAUCUUCUUGUGUUAAAUUGCUAGCCUGAUUUUAAAAUAAUUUUACACAAAUGGUCCUCGUGUGACCCUCUACCAAGAUGAUUCAAAUUAUUCGAUUUGUCAAAAAAUAUGGCUGCCAGGGGGCGUGGUCACUUUUCCCUAUAUGUAUAUAGUAGAAACUUAGAAAAUCUUCUUGUAUAAAACUGUUAGUUCGAUUUUAAAAUAAUUUCACACAAAUUGUCCUUGUAUGACCUACAAAUAUUGUUCAAUUUUUUCUGAUUCAUCAAAAAAACAUGGCCGGCAGAGGGCGUGGUCACUUUUCAUCAACAGUUUCUUUAAACAACAUCUCAUCCAAAACCACUGAAUGGAUUUUGAAACUUGACACAAAUAAUCUCUAGGUAGCCUUCUUUCAAAGUUGUUCCAAUCGUUCCAGUUCAUUGAGCAUAUGGGUCUUAUUGGUUAAAAAUAGGUUUUCAGAUAUCACACUUUAAAAAUCUUUUUCUCUGGAGCUUUUAUAUUGGGCAUGGGAUAGAAGGGUUUGACUCUCUAUCAUAAUUGACCAAAUUAUUGCCCUAAGGUCAAAAAUGGCCAUGUGUGUGACAUGUACUUACUAUAGCAAUAAGAAACUUUGAAAAUCUUCAUCUCUGAAUCAAUAAUAGCUAGAGUGAUAUUUGGCGUAUGAUAUAAGAGUUGUAUUGUCUACCUUAAUUGUUCAAAUUAUUGCCCAAGAUCAAAAAAUGUGUGUGACAUAUAUAUAUAUAUAAUAUAGGCAAACAUACAAGAAACCUAACUCUGUACUUGUACCAUUACCUUAUACAAACACACUUGAAGCCUUGUACACAGGUGAGCGCUUUAGGGUCAAUGAACCUCUUGUUUUGAUUUUUUAAAAUUAUUAUUUAUACAUGUCUUGUUCUGUGUCACUGUUGAGAUGUAUUUGUUUCUGAAAAGGAUGUGACUUUUGUACCUUUGAUUUACAUCUUGUCACAGUUGCAGUACUACCUGAUGGGUAAAUGUUCCUGCCAUAUGUGAGAAAUUGAACCGUUUCUCUGUUUUCUGUUCUUUGAUCUUUUACAUUCUAUUGUUUUUUAUAAAUUUUUGCCAUUAGACGGAUGGAGGCACUCUGACGUCAUCCAUAUUAUAUUCAUUUCUGUAGGUUUUGUAAUACAUUGUAUGCUCAUGCCAUAUACACAAAGAUACUUUCAGUUAUUUAGAGAUUUUUGUACUUAAAAAAAAAGAACAUUAUAAUAUUACAGAAAAAUCAAAACAUGAUUUUCAAACAGCGCAUAGGCCACACUGAGGGGCUUUUUUGCUGAUGUAUAUGGAUAGUUAAUAUUUUUGAAUUUUUCAUUGGUUAGAAAAAUCAAUGUAGAAAACACCUGACUAGCUUGGUGUGGUCUAGCUUAUAGAAAGGCAAUUUUUAGGUAAUUCUCUUAGUUUUAGUCGGAGAAAUUUCUUUUAUAACAUUCAUAGAGUAAACGCUUCAAUCAAAUAUCCAGUGUGUGUAUGUAGAAUUUCCUAUGUAUUAUUCAGCAUGUGUGUAACCAGCGUUCUCUUUUCUAAGUUUUUGUAAUUUACACAUUAUAUGUGUACGUGAGCUUCAACUUUAAUAAAAACAAACAAUGAAA